CUAUCUCUCAUUACCACCCAAUUCGUCUUCGUUCCCUCUACAAUUUAGAAUACUCUGCUCAUGGAGGAUCUGAUUCCCGGCCUCACCGACGACGUGGCACGCGAGUGCCUCGCUCGAGUCCCCUUCAAUGCCUUCCCUACACUCUUCUCAGUCUGCAAACUCUGGCGGCAGGAGCUUCGCGACCCGAGGUUCCACCGGCUCCGGAAAUCCACCGGCAACGCUCAACCCGUUGUCGUUCUGGUCCAGUCUGUGUCUGACUUCUCCCGCUACACAAGGCCACGACCCUUGCCCUACCGCCUCGUCAUCUUCGAACCGGCCACCGGUGUUUGGAGCUCCCUCCCCCCCUGCCCCGGCCUACCUCAUGGGCUCCCACUCUCUUGCCGGCUCGCCGCUACCGGUACCGAGCUCGUCAUCAUCGGUGGAUGGAAACCUCCCGAGAGGGCCACAACCGACGAGGUCCACGUCUACGACUUCGUAUCUGGCCAGUGGCGCCGCGGGUCCCCUCUCCCGAGCCCCCUGCGGUCCUACUUCGCCUGCGCGGCGACGCACGAUUCCGACGAGGGCUGCCGAACGGUGUACAUAGCCGGCGGGGAUGACGAGAGAAAGAACGCGUUGCGGUCCGCGCUGGCGUACGACGUGGCAGGUGACUCGUGGAAGCCGUUGCCCGACAUGGCGCGCGAGCGCAUCGGGUGCCACGGGGUGACCUUGCGAGCUAAGUUCCUCGUCCUUAGCUGGCUCGGCGCAGAGGCCUUCGACGCGGCUGCGGGGAGUUGGGGCCCCGUGGAGGAGGCCGCGGGGGAGGAGUACUACUACUGCAACACGUAUGUCGCGACAGAGGACGGGAGGAUGUACCGGUGCUCGGGGAGGGAAGUGAUGGUACAGCUGGAGGGUGGCGUGUGGGCUAAGGUUGCAGAGCUGCCGGGCGAAAUGAGGAGGGCGCGAUACACGGUGGCGUGGGAGGGAAAGCUGAUGGUGAUGGGCUUGGGGCACGAUUUUGGCUUUUUGGCGAGCAUUCUCGACAUGAAAGCGACUACGACGAGGCCGACAAUGGCUGCGGCGACGUGGAAGAAGGUUGAGGUGGCGCCGGGGUACCGAGGAUCCGUUCUAGGAGCGUGUUGUUUGGUGAUCUAAGCAUGGCGCAUCGUUAGGGUUAGCAGAUUCGUGCAGUCGUUUACGGGUUAUGAUUUAUGAUUUGUCA